GAUAGAAGAAUCCAAUCGAAACUUCACCUCUGUUGCGAUUCUAGACUCUUUCUCAAUCCAUGGAUCUCCAAAUGAUAAUCCCAUCAUUGAUAGAGAAAAUAGAACAGCGGGCUCCUUUCCAAAAAGAAUUGAGCGACCUGCUGAAAGAUAUUUGGGAAAGAGCAGAUGCAGUGCAGAAUCCGAGAAAUUACAAGGCGAGUGAGCUGCCGACGCAAAUUUGCAGGUUGGAGGAUAUCAUUGACUCCAUCAUUGCUACGAAAAUGCUGCAGAGACAAAAUAUCUCCAUCGGGAAGUUUCCUGUCAAAUUUGAUCGCGAUUUGAGCAAGCAAACUAAGAAGCUUCAGAAAAUAUUGAAUGAUUCCUUGUCUGCCCCAGUUCCAGAUGAGCAGUUAUGGAGCAACUCAGAUGCUGCAGAGGUUCCGGAAGAGGAGUCCUCUGGUAACAUAGUUCCUCAAAAGAAGUCCUAUAAAGACGAAAAGUAUCAUCAGAGUUGGGAGGAAGGGUCUAUCCCAAUUGUCUUGGAGGAGUUAGUAAGCAAGUUAGCUCAACCAGUACUCCUUGGCAGGCGGAUGAGGCAAUUUCUCAUUUUGAAAGCCAAUUUGGAAUACCGGAUUGAUGCAAUUUUCUUGUGGACUUCCUACCAUUCUUCUGUUACUAAACAACAUUUUCAGGAUGCAUCCGAGCUGUCAAACCAGUUAUUGAGGAAGCGGCUUUAUGAUUUUUUAGUUUGUAAAAGGUACCUGAUAGUUUUAUGUGGUGAACUAAGAGAGGAUGUUUGGGAGAGUCUCAAAUCUGCUUUUCCCUACUCAUUGAAUGGUAGCCGAGUGCUUCUCAUCUGUAAAGGAAUCACUUCAACCAAUCUUUCAAAGGAAUGGUCAAGCCAACAGCUAGGGAAGUCUAAAGAUUAUUUGCUGGAGGAAUCUAGAAUUCUUGGCAUGAAAGAUGUUAUGACUGAGUUAUUCCAGUCAAUCUUAAAUCAGUGUAAAUUGUUGUUUCUCAUUUCAAUUGUUGGGGUGGCAGAAUCUGAGAAGAAAACUUUAGAAUUAGAGAAGAAAACUUCAGAAUCAGAGAAGAAAUCUUUAGAACCAGAGAAGAAAACUUUCUUGUGGGCAGUGUACAGUGCGGAGGAUGUUAAGCACGUAUUCCAAUGCCGUGCCUGGGUUCGUGUUCCAAAACAGUUUAAAGAAGAAGAUCUUCAAAAUCUUCUAGCUGAUAUUUUGAAACAAGUUACAGGUGAUAACAAGUUAGAAGAAAAAAACCGAGACCGAGUGACACUAGAAACGAAGCUUUGCAAUUUCCUGGCUCCGAAGAGGUACCUUAUAGUUUUAUAUGAUGUGUGGAGGGCUGAUGUUUGGGACAAGCUUAAAGGAGCCUUUCCCAAUGGCAUGAAUGGAAGCCGGGUGAUUCUAACUGUCCAUGAGGCUGAUGUGACUUGGCAAACUACCUCUUCUAGUGUCUUUGGAACAGUUUGUGGAAAAGAGUUGCUGCAUGAAAAGUUUUCUAAUCUAAAAGUUAAACAUAGAUGGGGAAUAUUCUCCGAAGUUAAGGCCAAUGAGUCAGACUUUGUUGGACUGGAUGAUAAAGUGCAGGAAUUAGCUGAACUGCUACUUGAAAGUUAUCAAUUUCUCAUCUCAGUGGUGGGUGUGGCAGGUUCUGGCAAGACAAUGCUUGUGAAGAAAAUUUACAGUAGUUUUGCAAUUAAGCAGCAUUUCGAGUGCCGAGCUUUUGUUUCUGUUUCUCAAGAAUUUGAGGAGAGAAAACUCUUGGUGGACUUAUCAAUACAGCUGGGAAUGGUGCGGAAGGAUGAGAGCUGGCCCAAAGAGGAAUUGCAAAAAAGACUUAGACUCUUCUUGGCUUGGAAGAGAUACCUAAUAGUUUUAGAUGAUGUCUAUACAGCUGAUGUUUGGGAAAAACUCAGUCCUGCCUUUCCAAAUUCGUUAAAUGGGAGUAGGGUGAUACUCACUACUCGUGAUGCUUGUGUGUCACGCAAUAUUAAAGCAGAUACCAGAGUUAUCAAACUACGUUUUCUAAACGAUAAUGAAAGCUGGGAAUUGUUUAAAAAGAAGGUACCAACAGUUGUAGAAAAUGCAGAAUUGAUGAAAGUUCUCAAAGAGAAGAUUUUGCGAAGAUGUGGUGGCCUGCCUCUUGAUAUAGUUGUACUUGGAGGUUUGCUUUCUACCAAGGAACUAAAUGUCUCGGUAUGGUCUAAAUUCAUUGAGCAAGUAAGUCAAAAGAAAGAAAAGAAAGGGAGGGUAACUGGUAAAGACGUUGUGAAUUCCUCAGUCCAACCGACUUCCUCAUAUAUGAAGCCAGAAAAUGGAAAGAAAUUUAUAACAGGUCAGUCAUGUUCUUUCACCCAACGUGAUUCAUCAGAUGCCAAGCUGGAAGACAAAGAUGGUAAGGGGGAGAUUGAGGAAAUUGGUCCCAGUGAAGCUCCAGCGAUGCAGGAAGAAGAAAAGGUGAAGCAUGGAGCAACCAAAGAAGAUCAGGAACCUUCGCCAAAUCAAUUGCCUUCAUCAUUAGAUACCACGCAAAAAGAAGACAUGAUGACCCAGGAUACUUCUUUUGGUAAAGAUCAACCAGGUUCUAUCUUGGCUUUAGGCUAUAAAGACCUAAAUGCCCAUUUAAAGUUCUGCCUUAAUUAUUUAGGUCUCUUUCCCAAAUCAUACAAGGUUCCUUUUAGGAGGUUGUUUCAACUAUUGCAAGCCGAGGGAUUUUUGAAACAAGAAACAGAGGUAGAGGAAGAGGAAGAAAGUUUUGAAGAGCAGGUGAAGAAAUACAUUGAAGACUUAAAAAACAGAAACAUGAUUGAGGUAGAAAAAAAAUUAAAUAGGAGUCCCAAAACCAUUCGUAUGAAAAGUACUGUAUAUGAUGAAUUGUCUCCACGAGCAUUGAGAGCUGGAUUGUUUCACUUUCACUUCGACAAUGAUAAGAAAGAUGCUCCCAAAGAGUACAUCCGAAGGCUUGCAGAACACCCAGAGAGCAGCUGUUAUGGCAGGCUUCCAGAGAACAGCUAUCAGCUACAUUCUUACUUUUCAUUCAAAACGAACGAAGGUGUUCUUCCUGCAUUCGGAGUAGAUAAACUUCUUAAAGGGAUUGUUAAGGGAGGUUUUGGAUUAAUUGUCAUACUUGAUUUGGAAGGAGUUUACAAACCAGUGUUACCUAAACAUCUAGGCAAAUUUCCCAAACUCAAGUAUUUGGGUUUAAGAUGGACUUUUUUGGAUUCAAUUCCAGAUACAGUUGGUGACUUGCUUAGCCUUGAGACUUUGGACGUGAAGCAUACUAAUAUCAUCACUUUACCUGGUGAGUUCUGGAAGGCAAAAUAUCUUCAACAUCUUUAUAUGAGCGAUAUUUGUAUUGAUACAUCUAUUCCAAAGGCCCGUCAAACAAAGGGAUUGUUAACCAAUCUUAAGACUUUGUCGGGUCUGGUGAUCCGUAAUGAGAAGUCUGUAGAUUAUUUGAAGCUGGCGAAUGGUCUUAGAAAACUGGAAGUAACAUGCUAUGGAGAAUCAAUUGGAGAGAUAGUUGAAUGGAUUUCUAUGUUGACCCGACUUCAAUCAUUGAAGUUAAGGUCAAUAGACAAAACCGGCAAACCUUCUUCAUUGGAAUUAGGGAACUUAGGCGAUCAUUUGCUCCUAUCACAGUUGUAUUUGUUUGGAAAACUUCCAGAGAAAUUUGAUUUUGGCACAUUUCCCCCAACGCUAGAGAUCCUUACUUUGGCAGUGUCAGAACUGUCGGUUGACCCAAUGGAAGAACUAGGACAGCUGUAUAACCUGAAGAUCCUGAGGCUGCACGCCCAUUCCUACAAGGGGAAAACAAUGAAAUGUGGUAGUGGCACUUUCCCAGAGCUUCAAGUCUUAAAAUUGUGGAUGCUUGAGGAGCUCGAGAAAUGGGAAGUGGAGCAGGGAGCCAUGCCCGCCUUAGAAGAAGUUGAGAUCAGAUGCUGUAAGAAACUCAGUAAUACUGAUGCAUUGAAGAAGUUGACCACUUUGAAGAAAUUGAUUUUGACGAGUAUGAAGCAGGAUUUUGUGAAGGAGCUUAAAGAAAGCCUAGGCAGCAAUGUGUCAGUCAAAGAAAACAACUGGAAGUUUCCUUUUUGGGUGAGAAUAGAAUCCACAAGGAGACAAAACCAUGGUUUUAAUGGAAUCAACAGCAUAGCAUCCACAAGUGGAAAUCAAAUUCGUGGAGUGAUCUCUGGAUUUCAGUGGGGAUGAGUAUCAUCAUAGUGACUUUACGCUGGUGUCAAAAGCAGGGAUCUCGCCAUGCAUUGGUCUAAUUUCGUUCUCUAUAUGUGUAGUGUGAUAUCGAUUUGGCUCCAAAAUAACCCUGUGUGACGAAAUUUUAUUAGCACAUGCUUUUCAUUUUUCAGUUUUUUUUUCUUGUAUUGUGCUGGAAUAAUGAUUGUUAGAAUCAUUACUCGUUGUGCUAUGUCAAGGCUUCUGUCUAUCUAAUGCUGAUCUAUAUAAAAUAGCAGUGGAGCU